UAAGGUCACCCAAGUAUCACUGCAAUUUUGUGAAUGAAAUAAAAAUACUAAAUUGGACGGACAAGCACGUGGGUAUCUGAUCGGUCUGACAUUCUCAGGAGCUGAAGGCCAACAAAGAAGCAGACGCAGACUGAUCGUAGGGGCAGGCACAGUUGUUUGCCGCGAGACAAAGUUGUUUUCAGAGGCCGUCGUUUAAGUAUUUUGUAAGGCAAUCAUUCUGAUGUCGUGAUUGGCCGAUGAACACACUGGCAAUGGGUUAUGCAUAAUUAUCCAAUUGAGAUUCAUAACUCUGUCACCAGUGACGGCAUGACAAUCAAGUGUAGUCCAUUCAUAUUUUAGGCAGUAGGGACAGGCGGAGCCCAAAGCCACCGAUUUUGCUUGACCACUUGUUAGAAGAAGCGUCUCCGAGUAGCUAGUAAGCACUUAGGGAUCGUGUUAUUCUUACCACCAAUAUCUAUUUUUCAGUGAAGUUUCGAAUGUUACAAUUUCAUACUAGAAUAAUUAUAUGUCAACAAUUUUUAUGAAUAUCUAGUAUAAUCGAUUUGAAUCUACUUGGAAACUAAGGCAACCAAGUGUACGUAUUCCGUGUAAAGUGUACGAACAGUAGUCAUAGAAAGUUCGUCUUGUUUUCUUAAACGAACGAAAGCGUAGUCGUCGAACAAAUGACGAGAUGUCAACUAUUGUGUCUGUUUUUGUUUACCACUUUGCUGAUGAGCACAGACGCGGCAAAAGGUGGAGGAGGUAGAGGAGGUGGUCGGCGCAGUGGAGGAAGAGUAUACAAAUCACGAAUGCCUAUUCUAAUUCCUCAUAGGAAUCCUGCUAGUGCCAAUUACUACGAAAACAAAGAUGGUGCAAGAAUAGUGAAAUCUUCUCACUUUGAAUUAGAUUACAUGCUCGGUAGGAAGAUCACCUUCUUCUGCAUGGCUACUGGAUUCCCAAGACCUGAGAUCACCUGGUUAAAAGACGGAAUCGAAUUGUACCAUCAUAAGUUCUUCCAGGUUCACGAAUGGCCUGUCGGAAAUGACACUCUAAAAUCAAAGAUGGAAAUUGAUCCUGCUACACAGAAAGAUGCGGGGUAUUACGAGUGUCAAGCAGACAAUCAAUACGCGGUCGAUCGUCGUGGUUUCAGGACAGAUUAUGUCAUGAUCUCCUAUUGAAAUUGGUACUUGCUUCAUUUUAUUAUUUCAAAAUUAAGUAGCUUUUGUAAUCUUCUUGGAAUCAUUCAAGUCCAAUUCGAAUAUUCCAAUUUUAUUCG